CACAGCGUUUGCUUCUACAUCAUGAAAAUAGAGAUUCAUCGAGGUUAUUUUGAAGACUGUAGUUAUGCGUCAAGGGGCGUCAAAACGUUAGUCGAGGGAAACUCGAUAUUACAAUUUACGUUUAUGGGUAUGAAAAUCUAAGAUUUGGAUGUGACGAUAUAGAGGAAGAUUGUAUGGCAGGCUAUAGAGGUUAGCCUACGUGCUGUUACUGUUACCUCUCCUAAAUUGUCUUUAGACUCUAUUUACCUCGGACCUGACGCAACAAUAGCCUACCCGAUGAUAGUGCAAAUGACAUGAAAUUAUGGAAACGAAAAUUGGACACAUCCUUUGGUCUGUGUCUGUGUGAAACUUAUGCUAAAGGGCCAGUAAACGUUAUGCUACCUGUGGCCCAACCCAAUUGUGUAAUCGCUCAGAGAGGACAGACAUAGCCUAUCUUGAGUGUGGUGGUUUCAAUAUUGACUGGAGAAUGUGUUCAUACAAUGUCAGUGACGCUUCUAUGAAGGAGGAUUCCAGCAUCUUUACAUGUCCUAGCAGUGUUGGGGAGUGGUGAACUAACGCCUACAUGUAAUUCAACUAAUUUAACUACAUUUUGCAGUAACUUGGUGGUAGUUGAACUAAAUACAAAUCUCGGUAGUGUUUUCAGUAGUAUUUUUUGCCAUGUAGCGGUGCAGCUAACUACUGGAACUACACACUACAUUUUUUGCAAUAAAAACAAGAAAAUAUGGGUGAAGUAGGCAAUAAUUGACUUUCUUUUUCAGCAUUAGACCUGCCUAAUUCUCACUGAAAACAGUUUUGGUGUGUAACAGGCUAAAUCACACAUCCUGUUAACAUCUGACUCCAGAGUGAUCUGUCUUGCAAUUUGUAGUCUAUGACAUUUCAGAUUUAGAUAUAGAUUUUUUUGUAGUUUGGCGGUCAUGAACUACUUUUUCAAAGUAACUUUAUUUAGUUCAGUCAACGACAUUUUUCUUAACGGUAGCUUUAGUGUAGCUUCAUUUCUUCAUUUUCUUCCGGUGUGAAACAUUGUAGCUUCUCCAACACUGUAUCCCAGAAAUCGAAGGUGCUGAAUGUAAUGGAGAAAGGACAAAUGAGGCUGUUAUGUAGAAACGAUCCUCACAGCUCCCUGUAAGAGUGGGACAGAGACAUCCACCAGGGCGGACGAGAGGAGGGCUGCCUGAGGCGGAAGAGUGGCGUCGGUCGGAGAGAGAGAAGGGGUAGAAUCACCCUAGCACCCCGCCCCUAGAAUCACAGAGCUGGAGGCAUGUCUAACCAGACCCAGAUCUUUGGCAUUGAUGGACCAGGCAGCCUGCUGGCAGUGUUGGCUUCACAGAGGGCCAGCAGCAUCAGCACCAGCAGCAGUGAAGGAAUCUCGGCUGCAGCUGUGUCCGCCUACAUCAAGCUGGUGUUCCUGGGCCUGAUCCUCUGUGUUAGCCUGGUGGGCAACCUGCUGGUGUCUCUGCUGGUCCUCCGAGACCGGGCCCUCCACAAGGCCCCCUACUUCUUCCUGCUGGACCUGUGCCUGGCUGAUGUUGUCCGCUCUGCUGCCUGCUUCCCCUUCGUCCUGGUGUCUGUCCACAACAGCUCCGCGUGGACCUACAGCACCUUCAGCUGCAAGGUGGUGGCCUUCCUGGCUGUGCUCUUCUGUUUUCACGCUGCCUUCAUGCUGUUCUGUGUGGCUGUGACUCGCUACCUGGCCAUUGCCCAUCACCGUUUUUACACCAAGCGCAUGACAGUCUGGACCUGCGCUGCCAUCAUCUGCAUGGUGUGGACUCUGGCCAUCGCCAUGGCAUCGCCACCCGUCUUUGACGUGGGGACGUACAAGUUCAUCCAAGACGAGGACCAGUGCAUUUUCGAGCACCGCUACCUUAAGACCAAUGACACUCUGGGCUUCAUGCUCAUGCUGGCCGUCGUGGUCCUGGCCACUCACGGGUUCUACGCCAAACUCCUGCUGUUUGAAUACAAGCACCGCAAGAUGAAGCCUGUCCAGCUAGUGCCGGCCAUCAGCCAAAACUGGACCUUUCAUGGACCAGGAGCCACGGGCCAGGCAGCGGCCAACUGGAUCGCAGGCUUCGGCCGGGGCCCAAUGCCCCCCACCCUGCUUGGCAUCAGGCAGACUUUGCACAACCAGCAGCACCGGCGUCUGAUGGGCAUGGAGGAGCGAUCUUGUGAUCUGUGGAUAUAUAUCAGAUGAAACCUACUCUGCAUAUUGUAGUCGAAGUGCGUCCCCCCACUUCCCCCACAGCUGACGAAGUCAGAGACGUUUCCAUAGCGAGCAGCGUCAACAGUGUACUCAUCCUCAACAUAGUCCAG